AUGCCCAAGACACAGCCCAAUCUCUACGCCUUCCCGGGCACCGACGCCCUCGCGCAGGCCCUCCGCUCCUACGUGAUCCAGAGCCAAAACGCCGGCAUCGAGCGGCACGGCGUCUUCAAGGUGGCCGUCUCGGGCGGCUCGCUGCCCAAGACGCUGGCGGCGGCGCUGCUGGCGCCCUCGUCGGGCCCGGCCGACGUCGUCGACUUCACCAAGUGGGAGAUCUUCUUCGCCGACGAGCGCGCCGAGGAGCUGCUCGACAAGCUGCCCGCCGACCAGCAGCCCGCCGCCGUGCACACCAUCAACACGGCCCACCUCGACGACGUCCAGGAGCUCGCCGACCAGUACGAGCAGACGCUCGUCGCCAGCUUCGCCUCGCGCGACUCGGUCCGCCUGCCCAUCUUUGACCUGCUGCUGCUCGGCUGCGGGCCCGACGGCCACACCUGCUCUCUCUUCCCCGGCCACGAGCUGCUGCGCGAGGCCGACGCCUGGGUCGCCCCCAUCGAGGACUCGCCCAAGCCGCCCCCCAAGCGCAUCACCCUGACCUUGCCCGUCGUCACCCACGCCGUCCGCGUCGCCUUCGUCGCCACCGGCGCCGGCAAGAAGGACAUUAUGAAGAAAAUCUUUGACGCCGGCGAGGGGCUGCCGUGCUCUCUUGUCAACGAGGCCGCGGGAGACCGGUGCAGCUGGUUCGUCGACGAGCCAGCUGUCGAGGGUGUCGCAUUCCCUCGGAGGGCGUAUCUGUAA